CUAAUGUUAUUCUAAUUAUCAAUUUUGAUAAACGUAUAAGUCGUCCACCUUAUCCAAAAUAGUUAGCUUGUGAUUUCUAAUACAAAACUCAUCUUGACUCUAGCUCGUUAAAUUUAAACGAGUGGAUCGGUCAUGAUCACUUUGCCAUCCAAAUCCAAACCACGUAUUUGAAAUAUCUGGAUGUGCGUAUAGUAAUUGGUAAACCUAGAAAAGAAAAACGAAGACGCCGGCCAAAUGCAUGCAGAGAACUUUGAGAGUUGUUUGAUAAUCUGAUCAUUAAAUAGAGGAAUCUAAAAGAAGAAUAUAAUGGGGUAUUGCCCAUGUUUUCGUAGCAAAAAAAAGGGGAUCAACUUGAAAACCAAGCUCAACAAUAGCUACGUUCCUAUUGAAGCCGCCCCUACUACGCCCAUCAAGUCUGAUCUUGAUAAUGCAGUCAAAUAUAGCACACUCUUGGAGCCCAGACAACAAGUACCAAUAUCAAAAGAUAGUUCUCCUUCGGAAAGCAACCUUCCAACUUUCUCUUACAGGGAACUUGCAGCAGCAACGAACAAUUUCAGGCGAGAAUCAAUUAUUGGGGAAGGUGGCUUUGGGCCAGUAUUCAAAGGGCAACUUGAAAGUGGUCAGGUUGUGGCUGUUAAGAAGCUAAAUCAUUCAGGUCUUCAAGGGGAUAAGGAGUUCUUUGUGGAGGUUCACAUGCUUUCACUGCUGCGUCACCCUAACCUGGUUAAUCUAAUUGGUUACUGCAUUGAAGGAAACCAGCGCAUUCUUAUCUAUGAAUUCAUGCCUCUAAGAUCUCUGGAAUAUCAUCUCCAUGAUAUGACGCCUGACAUGGAGCCAUUGGAUUGGGAUACCAGGAUGAUAAUAGCAUCUGGUGCCGCCAAAGGGCUGGAUUACCUUCACAGGCAAGCUGAUCGUCCUGUUAUCUACAGGGACCUUAAGUCAGCAAACAUAUUAUUAAGUGAGGGUUUCCACCCUAAACUCUCUGACUUUGGUCUUGCAAAGUUUGGACCAGGUGCAGACAAUACGCAUGUUUCAACUCGGGUUAUGGGCACUCAUGGAUAUUGUGCACCUGAGUAUGCGGGAACUGGAAAGCUGACUAUGAAGUCAGACAUCUAUAGUUUUGGUGUGCUCUUGUUGGAGCUAAUUACUGGAUGUAGAGCAAUGGAUGACACUCGCGAACAUGGAAAAGAAAUGCUUGUGGACUGGGCACGUCCUAUGUUGAAAGACUGCAAGAAUUAUGUGCAAUUAGCAGAUCCAAAGUUAAGAGGCAAGUUUCCACAAUCUGUUUUCCGGAGGGCAGUAGAACUGGCACUAAUGUGUGUUCAGGAUGAUCCCCAUGCUCGACCUCACACGAAAGACAUUGUGCUUGCUUUGAGCUACUUUGCAUCCCAAAAGCAUGAUUCACCUUCAGCUCAAUCGAAUCAGAUUGGAUCUCAGAGAGAUGGGAGGAUAUUCCAGGGAGAAGAACAAGGAAAUGUAAGCCCUGUUGAUUUUAAUCGUGCUGGAAUCGCUGUAAAGGAAAUGAGAGCUUCGAGCAAGGAUCAAGAACGGGAACGAGCUGUUGUUGAGGCCAAGAAGUGGGGCGAGACCUGGAGAGACAAAAGGAAACCGAAUGUGGAAGAUGAUUUUGAUUAUAGAUCAAGGUGGUAAUAACACGUUAGUUUCCUUGCAGAGAACCUCAGAGUUUUUUGUUGAUGCAUUAUGAGAUUACCAUAAAUGUUACUACUUCAUAACUAUUUUGUUUCAUGUGAAGUAACUUCAGAUCACCAUAUAUAGUGGCUCUUCGUUA